AUGGCAAAGGCUGGCCAUAAACAAAAACAAACAAACAAAACCCCAAAGAGGAACAAGUUUGUUUUCGUUCGCCGCCUCUCUUCACACUGUCAACUGGAGUCCAGGCUGGGGACAGAUUCGCCUCAGGAACUAAAGGGUAGUGAACCUAUACUUGUAAACCAGGGGUUGACAGCAAAGCAAGAAGUCUUAAAAGAAUCAGGACAUUUUGGGGACAGCAGACUCCAAAGAGAUGCUCUUCUGGAUUCUAAGUACAGAGAAACGUGUAAAUACAAGAGGAUGGAAAGGCUGCAUCAACACCCUGCUGAAGAAAGACAAUAGAGGUGCAAUGAGUGUGGGAAAAGCUUCACUCAGAGCUCAAGCCUCAUUCAACACCAGAGAAUCCAUACUGGGGAGAAGCCAGAUGAAUAAAAGGCCUUCAACCAGAAAUCAGGCCUGAAUGAACAUCAGCGGAGCCGCACUGGAGAGAAACCUUAUCAAUGUAAGGAGUAUGGAAAAGUCUUCAGUACCUGCAGUGAUCUCAUUAGACAUGGAAGAAUCCACACAGGGGAAAAGCCCAAUGAAUGUGAAGCAUGCGUUAUCUGCCUUAUCUCACGCCUUGUCCAACAGCAGCAGAUACACACUGGAGGGAAGCGCUAUCAGUGUAACGAGUGUGGCAAAGCCUGCCUUCCUUCAGAAUUCGGGACUUUUCAGCAUCUUUGUAUCCACACUGGUGAGAAACCUUAUCAGUGUAGUCAGUGCAAUAAAAGCUUUAGUAGCCGGACACGCCUUAUGAAUCCCAGAGAAGCCACACUGGAGAGAGCCUUUACAAAUGUGAGAAGUGUGGGCAAGGCUCCAGUCAUCACUGGAGCCUCAUUAGGCAUUUUAGAACACGUACAGUUGCUGAAUUGGACUCAUCCUGUGGACUUGUAGUCCUUUUAUGUGAGGGGGUUCAGUAAAGAAACUGCCAACAUGACUGCUCCAUGAUAUGGUUAAGAUUUUUAUUGUAGAAAUGGGAGAGAGAGCAGCCAGAGGCACCUGGAAGAGUCCCGAGCAGAGAGAGAAAGAAGUAGACUGAACACAGCCAGCAGACUGGACUGGCCAGGGCUGUCUGUGAGAGAGGAGAGAAUGGCAGGAGACACAGACUAGAGAGAGCACGGUGAGAACAGCUGGAUUCUAAGAAUAUGGGGAGUAGCUAGGGGAAGGAAAGCCUGUGAGCUGAAGGGGGUUCAGGGUAGAGGAGGUAAGAAGGGCUGGAAUGCUAGCCUGGACUUUGAAAUGUAUAACCGUUACUUGUGAUACUGAGGGAGUCAGGUGGCAGCACGGGCUUUGAUAUGUUGAUAGGCACCACAGGCAGCCAUAUGCCCCUUCUGCCACAGGUAAGGGAAAUGACUCCUUGUGGCAGGUGGGAACUGGUUUCACAAGUUCCUGAGGAAUGCUGGUUUUUAUCUAACCACUUGAACUCCUGUAGCUCAUUUCUGGAUAUUGUAGACUACCUCUGGGACCUAACAGUCGUCUAAAUGGGGCCAUCUUGGAAAAUAAGAUGUUCAUCUGGUCUAUUCUGUUCUUAGCAAAAUGAAUAGCUGUCUAAGAACCAGUUACUGGUGUCUUCUGGAUCCUCCAGUCAGCUUUCUUAUCCUCUAUUUUUUGGUUAAUCCCUAGUGAUUUCUCUUAAAGCAAGCAAAUCUGGAAAUACAUUUGAAUAGAAAAGCUGUUCUUGAAUAAUAUUAAAUAUUGAACAACUCUGUAAGUAUUUGUGUGCACUUUGUAAAGAUUGGGUGAGUUAAAAAAUAAUAUAAAGUUGGGUAUUUUUCUGUAAGAUAUAAAUGGACUUAAUGCUUUGGGGAGUAAGAGUUACCCACAUUUACACAGGAAGUCAUUACUAUGGUCUCCCUUAACAAUGUGAUGGGUGCAGUUUGAGGGUGGACAGUUGGAGACUGAGAGGGAGUGCAGGGAUUCUGGAGCUAGCUGAAGCAAAAAUGGAAUGAAGAUCUGGGAAAUGGAGAUGUGGAGAGUGGGAGACAUAAUCUUCAAUCCAAUCCAGGUAUGGUUUUUUUCAGGAACUUUCAUUUCACACCCACAAACCCAUAGACUUACAUUUUAAACACCCACAUAUCCCCCCCCACUUUUUUUUUUAGUUUGUAGUUUUUCAUACAGGGUUUUUCUGUGUAACUGCCGUGGCUGUCCUGGAACUCUCUGUGUAGACCAGGCUGGCCUCGAACUCACAUAGAUCCACCUGCCUCUGCCUCCCGAGUGCUGGGAUUAAAGGCCGGCACCACCACCGCCUGGCACAUCCACAAAACUUUUCAGGACUCAAAAGUCAUUUUAUUUUUAACUCUGGAGCUGUAGACAGAGAAGGCCAGGAUCCAGAGUGGGUCCCCAUGCUGUGCAUGGUGGUGGCUGCCUAGAGUCCCUGCACUCAGGAGGCUGAGCUGAGAGGAUGGCUUAGUCCAUGAGCACAAGACCAGCCUGGGCAACACUGCCACCCCAUCUCAAAAACCAUGAAAGACUAAAACAGUGCUUUCAUAUAGAUAAGAUUCUUAUUAAAAUGAGCAGGGUGGGGUCAGUGAGGUAGCUCAGUCAGUAAAAGGCUUUUGCCACCACGCCUGGUGAUCUGAGUUCAACCCCGGAGAGCGACAAGGUUAAUGAAGAGACCUGACCCCACAAAGCUGUCCUUUGACCUCCACAUAUAUGCCAUAGUGUACAUGCCAAUACACACACAUUAUGUAUGUACACACUAAUCAUUUUAAUAUUUUUUCAAUGGAAAAAAAACAAAGAAAAUUUGUGAAGUGAUGUGUUUGCUUACUUUUAUGUAAAGAAUUAAACCUUGGCUGAAUGUUUGAUGCUGUAGGACACAAUAUGUUCAACAUUUUCUAAAGUUGUAAUUAUUUAUGUGCAUACGUGUGUGCCUUAGUGCAUGUGCACCCUGUCCCUGCAAGUGGCCUCUGAGGUGAGAAGAGGGAAUCGGAUCCCCUGGAGCUGGAGUCACAGGUGGUUGUGAGCCACCUGACUUGGGUCCUGGGAACUGAGCCCAGGUGCUCUGGAGUAAGUAGUAUCAAGUGUUCUGAACUGCUGAGCCAUUUUUCCAGCACCAUCUUCAACAGUUUUUUAGAGUUGAUUGAUAGUUUGAAUUUUUAUUUAUUUAACAUGCAUAUGUGUCUAAGAAUGUGUGUACAUGUGGAGAUCAGAGGACAAAUUUCACGUGUGGCAUUAGAUUAUUAUGAAAAUAUCUCUUAUGUCUAAAGAGACUGGAACUUUUGGUGGACCUCAUGGCUGAGUUAAUAAUACAUGUUGAGGUCACUUAAGACUGAUUUCCUGCUGUAUAUUCAAUCUGUUUAACUUGCCUUUAAGAGAACAAUGUAACAGCCAAUCUUACUUGCCAUGAAUUUUCCAUGUUAUCACCUUCUACAACCUAAGCGCAGAGCUGUAAUCUCAAGACAUGUACUCUUCCAUGGCCCUGACUCAGAAAACUCCCUCUCUCUCUCUCUCUGUAUGCAUAUAUAUGUAUAUAUGUCUUUGUGUUAUAAUAAUCAUGUUCUGAAAACAACAAGAUGGAAGCAACUUUAUAAAAUAAAUACCUUCUAUAAAUGCUGAAAAAACAUGGAUAUUCCUUGAUGAUGACAGUUAUAUUUGCCUUUCUGAGUGCUUCUGGGUUAGUUGAAGUGAGUCAAGUAUAAUCCCUCAUAAAACUUCACUAAAGAUUUCUGUAAAGUAUCCUUCAUUCCUUCCCAUGUGAUGCUCUAUGAUCUCUUCAAUAAAUACAGAGCAAAAGCCCUUGGUUAGGGAGAGAUCUAUAAGGAAGACAACAUUGAGGCAGGGACAGAUUCAGACUCCUACGACAGACUAGACAUUCAGUCAUCAAGCAGGCAUGGGGACACAGAUUCAGACCCAAACAACAGAGCCCAGAUAGGCCAGUACAUACAGACAAGUUCAGAAUAUACAGAUAAGUUAUAGAGAGGUAGAAGGCAUAGGGUGAGAAGUAGCAAAUUCAAAUUUGGGCUCAUUCUUGGACAAAUUACUUCAGAAGGAAGUUUCAGGUUUCUCUAGUGUGACAUGGGCAUAUGCCGAUGGUUCUGACCUCAUCAUUAAUGUGUUUAACUGUCAUGUUUGGAUGCCUCUUGUGAGAAUCUCUAGUUCAUUUAAUCUAUGCAUUCAGAAGUUGUUCUCUCCUUCUGCCUUGUAGAGUCUAGGGACUGAACUCAUGUUUUCAGGCUAAUUUGACAAGUGCCUUUACCCACUAAACCAUUGAUUUUUUUUUUUUUUUUCCUUCGAGACAGGAUUCCUCUGUGUUGUUUUGGUGCCUGUCCUGGAUUUCACUCUGUAGACUAGGCUGGUCUCAAACUCACAGAUAUUUGCCUGGCUCUGCCUCCCAAAUGCUGGGAUUAAAGGCGUGUGCCACCAACACCCGGCUAACCUAUUGAUUUUUAAAAAGGAUCGUAUUUUAUUUUAUUUAUAUGAGAAUUUGGCAUGGAUGUAUGUAUGUAUGUGCACCACAUCUGUGCCUCACGCCUGCCGAGGUCAGAAGAGGGCAUCAUAUAUCCUGGAAUUGAAGUUAUAGAUGGUUUUGAACCAUCAUAUGGGUGAUAGGAACCAAACCCAGGUCCUCUUCAACAAGUGCUCUGAACUUCUGAACCAUCUCUCCAGCUCCCUCACUGAACUAUUUUGCUGGCUCAUGUAGUUUGAUUUUAUAAUUGUCAAUGCGGAGAACACUGUUUCACACAAUACAAAAUGGCAGAAGUGUAUCUAGGAUCCCUGGGGAAAUCACUGAAAUUUAUGUUCUAAUCCCGAGUGAAAAUUAAUUUAAAGGUUUUAAAAAAGAAACUCAAAUCAAUAACUCAAACAGCAGCUUUUAAAACCAAAUAUUCUAUGUAGAUGGAAGUUUCUGUCCUGCCUAUUCGGUCCCAAAUAAACACACAGAGGCUUAUAUCAAUUAUAAACUGUUUGGCCUAUUGCUCAGGCUUAUAACUAACUAGCUCUUAUGCUUAAAUUAACCCAUAAUUCUUGUCUAUGUUUAGCCACAUGGCUUGGUACCUUUUCUCAGUCCAACAGUCUCAUCUUAUUUCCUCUGCCUCUGCCUGGCAAUUAGAAUUCUCCUAAUCUGGUCACCCCACCUAUACUUCUUGCCUGGCUACUGGCCAAUCAGUGUUUUAUUAAACCAAUACAAGUGACAAAUCUUUACAGUGUACAAGAGCAUUAUCCCGCAGCAAUUCUAUAAUACAAUAUAAUAUAAUCUAAAGAUACAUAAAUUUGAUACUUACAUGUUGAGGAAUGAUAGUAGGAAAAUAUUAAAUCUUUGUAUUCUAUAAUUAAGCCAAUAGGGUUUUUUCUUUUUAAUUACAUUUCUUUAUUUGUGUUUAUGUGAAUAUGUGGGUGAAUGAAUGUCACAGCAUGUAUGUGGAGGUCAGAGAAUAACUUGGUGGAAGUUGAUUAAUUCCUGUGAAUAUGUGGAACCCAGGCAUCAAACCUAAGUCAUCAGGUUUAGCAACAAGUAUCUUUACCCGCUAAGCUUGGCUUCUCUUACAUCCAACCUACUAUACUUGCUGGGGACAGAUGCGAGUUGUAUUUCCACUGUGUAUAUGAAUGGGAGUUUCUUAAAAACAAACAAAAAACCUAAUUUUUAUUUCUAAUCCAGAUAGCAUCACAAAUACACCCUUAAUCCACUUUAUU